AUGGCCAGAGACAUACAGAACCAUUUGCUGUUCGAAAUCGCGACAGAAGUCGCAAAUAGGGUCGGCGGCAUUUACUCGGUGCUGAAAUCUAAGGCACCGAUCACGUGCUCGAGGUAUCGUGACAUGUACACGCUGAUCGGGCCGCUGAACCCGGCCACGUACCAGACAGAGGUCGAGCCGCUCGACUGGCACGACCCGCAGACGUUCGAGUCGCCCGGCGUGCACACGCCGGAAAUUCGAUCAGCGCUGGAAAACAUGCAAUCGCGCGGCGUCAAUUUCGUGUAUGGACGUUGGUUGAUCGAAGGGGCGCCUCGCGUGAUUCUGUUUGACCUCGAGUCUGUUCGCUGCCACUUGAACGAAUGGAAAUCGGAUUUAUGGGACAUCGCUGGAAUUCCCUCUACUGAAAGUGAUACCGAGACAAACGACGCCAUUUUGCUGGGCUACUCGGUAGCAUGGUUUCUUGGAGAGCUUGCACAUUUGGACCAACGCCACGCGAUAGUUGCUCAUUUCCACGAGUGGCUAGCUGGCGUGGCCUUGCCGCUCUGCCGCAAGCGCCGUAUCGACGUGGUGACCAUAUUCACAACUCAUGCUACCCUUUUAGGCCGCUAUCUAUGCGCGGGCAAUGUCGAUUUCUACAACAAUCUUGAUAAGUUUGAUGUCGACUCAGAGGCCGGAAAAAGAGGUAUCUACCAUCGAUACUGUAUUGAGCGUGCAGCUGCUCACACGGCAGAUGUUUUUACCACGGUAUCUCAAAUUACCGCCUAUGAGUCCGAGUUUCUUUUGAAACGCAAACCAGAUGGAAUCUUACCAAAUGGUAUUAAUGUCGUGAAGUUUCAAGCCGUCCAUGAGUUCCAGAACUUGCACGCAUUGAAAAAGGAGAAGAUCGAUGAUUUUGUUAGAGGCCAUUUCCAUGGUCAUUACGAUUUCAACUUGGACAAUACCUUGUAUUUCUUUAUCGCUGGUAGAUAUGAAUACAGGAACAAAGGUGCUGACAUGUUCAUCGAAGCUCUGGCUCGUCUGAAUUAUCGCUUGAAGAUGGCGAACUCCAAGAUGACUGUCGUUGCUUUCAUUAUUAUGCCCGCCAAAAAUAAAUCCUAUACGGUCGACGCUCUCAAGGGUCAAGCUGUGGUACAGUCACUUGAAAACACAGUAAGAGACGUUACUACUUUGAUAGGAAAACGUUUAUUCGAAUACGCCAUGCGUAAUCCUAAUGGGGUCGGAUCAGAAAUUCCAACUGAACUAGACCAGCUAUUAAAACCUUCGGACAAGGUUCUCUUGAAAAGAAGAGUUCUGGCUCUGAGACGGCCAGAAAGUUCUUUACCACCAGUGGUGACUCAUAAUAUGGUUGACGAUGCUCAUGAUCCAGUCCUUAACCAGAUUAGAAGAGUACAGUUAUUCAAUCAUUCCAACGAUCGGGUGAAAGUCAUUUUCCAUCCGGAAUUUUUGAACGCUAACAAUCCCAUUCUGUCCCUCGAUUACGAUGAAUUUGUGCGCGGUUGUCACUUGGGUGUAUUCCCUUCAUACUACGAGCCUUGGGGCUAUACACCUGCCGAGUGUACUGUCAUGGGUAUUCCAUCCGUGACUACUAAUCUUUCCGGUUUUGGUGCAUACAUGGAAGAUCUAAUCGAAAAAGAUCAAGCCAAGGAUUACGGUAUCUACAUCGUGGACCGCCGCUUCAAGAACGCCGACGAGUCUGUGGAACAGCUUGUGGACUACAUGGAAAGUUUUGUUCAAAAGACGCGUAGACAGAGAAUCAAUCAAAGGAACAGAACGGAAAGACUUUGCGACUUGCUGGACUGGAAACGCAUGGGCCUCGAAUACGGGAAAGCUAGACAACUGGCGUUACGCAGGGCGUACCCAGAUCUUUUCAAGGCUGCCGCAGGGGAGGAAGGAAAUGAUACCAACAUGAACUCACUAGCAGGAGGCAAAAAAUUCAGGGUCUCGCGCCCACUAAGUGUACCGGGCUCACCUCGGGACUCUCGGGCUGAAAGUCUGGGCAGCACGGUGCUAAUGACGCCCGGUGACUUGGGAACUCUCCAAGAUGCCAAUAAUGCCGACGAUUAUUUCUACCUCAGCAUGGGCGUUGAAGAUGAGGAAGAGGAAGAAGCCAAUUACCUAGCCGAAACUGAGUAG